AUGGCGUGCUGCACAGUCGGCGGCGUCGAGACGUUAGAGGCCGAGGAAGUGGCCAUAGCCUUGGCCGUCAGCCAAAAGGGGGUCAUCAGCGCGUCCAAAAAAGCUAACCCGAAGCGGGAACCGCUGACCUCGUAUAGGGACGUCACCACCUACUACCGAAUCUCGGGACAAACGAGACCACCACCCCACCCCAAGCUGACCAAGCGGCAGGAGAUCACCUGGCGCCGACUCCAGACGCAUUCCUUCGCCUCCCCGUAUGUUCACUCACAGCCGAGACAUGUGAAGCGGCACGGUCAAGGGACGGCCCUGCCGGGCCCGUUUCGCGAGGGUGCCACGGGGUGCGGAGGGUUUUUGGCGCCGCAGAAGCGCUCCCCCAGAGGCUGCGUCGCGGGGGCCCAUGGAAGGAGGAGGCCGCAGGCGCCCCCGAGCCCACACCCUGGCCGCGGGGGCGCCGUGCUGGCGGCGGCGCCCGGACAGGCCCCUCCUCCGUGGCCGGCCGUGUGGCGGAAGCGGGCGGGGCCGCCUUGGCGCUGGGCCGCUGCCGUGGGCCAGAGCGCCUCCAUGGGACCCGAGCACCAGGCCGCCUCGGCGCAGGGCUUCUCCGUGCAGCGCCUACUCGACCAGGCGCCCGCCGCCGCACAGCGCGCCCGGCAGCCGUCCACAGCGCCCAGCCGGAGUAACAGUGAGCUGCAGCCUGCCGAAGGCCGCGCGUGUGACGCCGCUCGACGCAGCCGCACCGCAUUCAGCGUUCAGCAGCUGAGUGCCCUGGAGAAGGCGUUCGAACGCAGCCACUACCCCGAUGCCUUCGCCCGCGAAGAGCUGGCCGCCAGGGUGAACCUCAGCGAAGCGCGCGUACAGGUCUGGUUCCAGAACCGGCGAGCCAAGUUCCGUCGCAACGAGCGCAGCGCGCAGCGCGUGGCCCGCGGAGAGGCCAGCGAGCAGCCUGUGCUGGCCGCGCCACCGCCGCCUCCUCCGCACCAGGUCGCUCAGCUGGCGAGGCUGCCACCACAGGCCCCGUGGCAUUGCGCUGCCUCGCUGCUGCCUCAGCCAUCGGCCCUGCACGGGCCGGCACGCUGGUGUUAAUAGCUGACCUCGUGUUCGGCACAUCGACAACGAUGGCGACCGUUCCGCAACUGUACAAGCAAUCACCCGGUGCACGCUUCACACAGAACUGCAAAAGAGUGUUCACUGACUUGGGACAUGACGGCCGCAAGAUGGCGGCAGUGCCACGAUCAGCUGAGAGUCAGGGGAAGGGAAGCGGAGAUGUUCGUGUUUAGGAUAACAGCUGUGUUUUCAAUAAACGAUGCUUGAGCGUGGACCAGCGCAUCGGGACGCGAAGGCUGUCUAGUAACGACACCGCAUGCAAGAAAUAUCUCACGAAAUCAGCCAUUUCGUGGGCCAGAAGAGCUUUUCGUCGGGGGUCCUCCUCUGAAAUUCAAUGUGUCCUUCAUUCUUUUCCUGCCUGCUCCCGCAUGCUGAGAUGUUACCAGGUCAUAAAGUGGAAUAAAAUUUUAAGU